AUGUUUAUCAAAGGCAUCAUGAAGGACAUCAUCCACGACCCCGGCCGCGGUGCGCCCCUCACCAAGGUGGUCUUCCGUGAUCCCUACGGGUUCAAGAAACAGACAGAGUUGUUCAUUGCCGCCGAGGGCAUACACACGGGCCAGUUCGUGUACUGUGGCAAGAAGGCCCAGCUCAACAUUGGCAAUGUCCUUCCCGUGGGCACCAUGCCUGAGGGUACAAUUGUGUGCUGUCUGGAGGAGAAGCCUGGGGACGGAGGCAAGCUGGCUCGGGCCUCUGGGAAUCAUGCAACAGUCAUCUCCCACAAUCCUGAGACCAAGAAGACCCGUGUGAAGCUGCCAUCGGGCUCCAAGAAGGUCAACUCUUCUGCCAACAGAGCUGUUGUUGGUGUGGUGGCUGGAGGUGGCCGAAUUGACAAACCUAUUUUGAAGGCUGGCCGUGCCUACCACAAGUAUAAGGCAAAGAGGAACUGCUGGCCACGUGUACGGUGUGUGGCUAUGAAACCUGUGGAGGCUCCGUUUGGAGGUGGUAACCACCAGCACAUUGGCAAACCCUCCACCAUUUGUAGAGAUGCCCCUGCUGGACGCAAAGUGGGUCUCAUUGCAGCCCGUAGGACUGGGCGACUCCGUGGAACCAAGACGGUGCAGGAGAAAGAGAACUAAGGCUAAAGGGAUCAAUAAAAUACGUGUUUGGGCUAUU